AUGUUUCUCUUCUUCAUCUCAAUGUGUCUAGGAACAUCAUCAGGUCUUCUUAUCUCAACGGAAGAUCGUGUUUCGACUCGAAAUAUUACUUGUCUCAAUGGGUCAUCAACAGCAUUACUAUUCAAUUGUGAAGCUUGUCUUAUUAUUUCACGUAAUUAUGAAAUUAGAACACCACUUUCGUUGACUGGUUCUGGACAGUUAGGCAUAACUUACCAAUGCUUACGUGUUGAUCAAAUAGAAGCCUAUCAUGAAAAUCUUGUUCGUGAAUGUCAAAAUUUUCCACGAAAUGCACUAAAUGGUUACGAUGAUUUCUGUACUGCUUCAUCAUUUUCAAAAUUACGCGGUUCCUAUCGUGCUUGCAUGUGUGCUUCAAAUGCAUGUAAUUUUAAUUAUUCAGAAUGUAUUCAACAUGGUAAUCCUUAUUGGGAUCCAAAACCGCCAAGCUUUAGUAAUACUAUUGUUCAACUAAAAGAUCGUGUGAGGUGCUAUCGGCCGUAUGAAGAUUAUACUCAACCAACAUAUUCUAAUUUAGUAGCGCUCUGUGCAUCGAACGAUGAAGAAUGUAAAAAUUUCAUAUUUGAUAAUGGCGUACUAUGUGCAGUUAUUGUUGAUCGAACAAAUCACAUCACACGACAGACUUUACCACCAUCAGUCUACUCGGCUUAUCUAAUAAAAUAUAAAACGAUGUUAUGCAAAUCAUUUACGUCGACAUCGAAAAGUAUUUAUUUUACACGAUGUCUAGAAAGUGAAACAGUAUGUAUGUGCGCUGUUGAUGGAUGCGAUCGAGAUUUAGAAACAUGUCGAACAAGCACAGGAACACAUUUUUCUACUUCUUCUUCUUAUUAUUAUUAUUAUUCGCUUUCUUAUUUUCUUUUACUUGUACUAAAUAUUUACUAA